CGGCACACCGCGACGAGACGAUGAUCGCGCAAACGCUCUCCAACGUCGCGCGACCGCGCGUCGUCGCGCGCGCGCGCGCGACGCAAAAAUCCACCGCGGCGCGCGCGCAGUUCGGCGCCGUGAGGGGGUUCGAUCCGUUGCGUGUCUCCCCGAAGGCUCGCGGUAACUUCCAAGUCGUCGCGUCGGUGACGAAGAAGCCCGACUUGUCCGACCCGGUGCUCCGCGCCAAGCUCGCCAAGGGCAUGGGUCACAACUACUACGGCGAACCGGCGUGGCCGAACGAUUUACUCUACAUUUUCCCGGUCGUUAUCCUCGGUACCAUCGCGUUGUGCAUCGGCCUCGCGGUGAUGGAACCGACCCAGCUCGGCGAGCCGGCGGAUCCGUUCGCCACGCCGCUCGAAAUUUUGCCGGAGUGGUACUUCUUCCCGACUUUCAACGCGCUUCGCGUGAUCCCGAACAAGCUCCUCGGUGUCCUCUCCAUGGCUGCCGUGCCGGUUGGUUUGAUCACCGUGCCGUUCCUCGAGUCGAUCAACAAGUUCCAAAACCCGUUCCGCCGACCGUUGGCGAUGACGGUUUUCUUGGUCGGUACCUUCUACGCGAUUUGGAUGGGCAUCGGUGCCUGCCUCCCGAUCGACAAGGCGAUCACUCUCGGCGUCUUCUAAGCAGACGUAGCGGAUGUCGUGACACGAGAAAUUUCAUUUACGCUCUUACGUGGUGACUAUUCUCAAUUACUUUAGAAGGGGAGCGCGCGACGUCGUGAUUGGCGUUGGAUAGCUUGUAAAAUCCAUUUACGAUUUACAUUUAC